UGAUGACUUGAUCGUCCCUACCUCUGGCUCAUGCACCUCCUCUCUCCGAUGAAACGCGCGCCUUCGCUUGCAAUCAAUUCGUGAUGCACCAACGAUAUGAUGAUGCAAUCAGCUUCUGGCGCCGGAUCGACUUUUUCUGGAAUCUGCUUCCGACGAGACACUCGGCCGUCCGAUUGACGAUACAACUAGCACAUCGCAAUUCUAGCAUCCAUGGAGCUACAAGGCCGAUAUAUCACACCUAUACCUCUAUACCUCCUCCUAUAGAACAUUCUUGACAGGAACAAUACAAGAAAAAAUGGCUACCAACAUCACCUUUCACGAAGGCUCGGUCUCGCACCAGGAACGUACCCAGUUGUUGGGUCAGCAAGGGGCGACCAUCUGGUUGACCGGACUCAGUGCCAGUGGAAAGUCGACCAUUGCCACUGCUUUGGAGCAACACUUGUUGCAGCGCAAGUUGCACGCUUUCAGGUUGGAUGGAGACAACGUCAGGUUCGGGUUGAACAAGGACCUCGGAUUCGGCCCCACCGACCGAGUCGAGAACAUCCGACGGAUCGGGGAGGUCUCCCUCCUCUUCAGCUCUUCGGCCACCUUGACGAUCACGGCCUUCAUCAGCCCUUACGUCUCUGAUCGACAGUUGGCGAGGAAGCUUCACGAGGACCACAAGCCUUCAAUCAGGUUUAUCGAGGUCUUUGUUGAUGCUCCUCUGAGCGUCGUGGAGAAGAGGGACCCCAAGGGUCUUUACCAGAAGGCCAGGGCUGGGGAGAUCAAGGAGUUCACCGGUAUCUCUGCACCUUACGAGGCUCCCUCGAGCCCCGAGAUCCACAUCAAGACCGACGAGGUCGACGUCGCUCAGGCCGUCAGGAUCAUCGUCGAUUACUUGGAGAAGGAGGAGUUGAUCCCCAAGAGCGCUUGAGACCGUGAUGAUGUAGAUGAAUAAACAUGCAAGAUAGGGCUGUCUCUUCGGACUCGUAUAGCAGAGAGUCGGCAGGGCAGUGCCAGUCAAGUGCAGUGUGGAGAUCGAGAUCAAGGUCGAUGUUGCUCUUCUCUCUGGUGCGCGUCGCCCCGCUCUUGCCUGCCUGCGAAAAGGUAAACAACCGAAACGUCACCAAGAGCUAGCUAGCAGCUAGCAGGUU